AUUGGUUUGGCUUAUUUUAUGAAAACCUCGAUUAUCCGUCUCUUUUGAUUAUCCGUCAAGGUGCUGGUCCAGUGCCUGACGGAUAAUCGAGGUUCCACUGUAAUUGAAAUGGUUCAUUUUACAAGUAACAUCUGCAGUAUACUGUUAGCACAAUACAAUUGUCUGUACAUAUUUGAAAAUGUUCAGUGCGAAUGCCGUUCAAACCAAUGAUUACUGCUUGAUAGCAUACAUUUUUUGCAAAAAAUAGACUAGUUGAAGUAUAAACUCAAUUUGUAGUUUUAUAUCGCGUUCAGAAAAAACAACGCUUGGAAAACAUUGGGUAUUUUUAUGCAUUAAGCAGUAAUCGCUGGCUAUUCCAGACAAUAUUUGAUCAAUAGUUUAUUUCUAACGAAUGCGUUUGAUGUAUAGUAGCAAAUUUUAUUUUGGCUGUUUAUGUAAAACAAAUUGGAAAUUGCCUAGUUUUCUUCAUUUUGGUUUUGAUGUGGCAUUUUGUAGGUUUGAAAUCGUUUGAUCAUUUGUGUCACUAGAAAUUCACCACUUUUCGUUGCUAAAUUGCUAUAUGAAUAAACAUGUUUUGAUUUACUUUUUUCUCUUAAUUCAUGUUGUGUUGGUUUUGACAACGACGUAACUGCGAAACAAAAAAAAAACAAAUAAUCGAAACCUUAAUAAAACUUAUCUGCCUGAAAUGAUAUUGGGUCCAUUUGUCUUCUUCAUUGGCAUGCAUUCUACUUUAUGUGCACGUUGUCGGUCUAAUCGAAUUCUGUUGCUGAAACUUCAAAAUUAUGCCGUUGUCCACAUCGCGCAAUCUUGCUGAUGCUUGUUGUAACAAAAUAAUGUGCAAAUUAAGAUGCCCCAAUUUGAGGGCGGCUAUGUGUCCUUGAAUAAUGGACAAAAUUCCGUUUACAAUUCGACAACUGAACCAACUGGGCCAGCGACUGUGCUCGAAACGGUUAAGCGUGUCAUUGGCAGUGCUAUUGGAAAUAGCAAUCCACAAGAUGCGGUACUAGUUCCGCCACGUGGUGGACGACCCAUUAUCACAAACGCAAGAGAUCGUGAGCGUAUAACAGGAAAAACACAAAAUAUAAGGAUGCCAUCUGCACCAACGCAUACUGCCGAAGAGGCACGACUUCUUGGCAAUAUGCCAGUUGAUCCGAUGGAUGAUAUAGAGUUACGUUCGGUGCAGUUGCAAUUCUCAAAUGGACGUGGUUCAUUGGGCGGUAAUUGCGAUAUGCAACGUGUAAUUACCGACAAAGGAGAGGUUUUGGUGGCCGUCCAAGGUGAUACAUCGAAACCGGCCAUUUUAACCUAUCAUGACUUGGGAUUGAAUUAUGCAACAAGUUUUGCUGGAUUUUUCAACUACCCAACUAUGCGAUCAUUGCUAGAGAAUUUUUGCGUUUAUCAUGUUACUGCUCCAGGACAAGAAGAGGGUGCACCAAGUCUACCCGAAGAGUAUGUGUAUCCAACGAUGGAUGAAUUGGCAGCCCAGCUGUUAUUUGUUAUGUCGCAUUUUGGCCUGAAAACGAUGAUUGGCUUCGGUGUUGGAGCUGGUGCGAAUAUAUUGGCACGAUUUGCACUGAACCACAGUGAUAAAGUUGGUGCUUUGUGCCUUAUAAACUGUAGCUCAACAACAUCUGGCUGGAUGGAAUGGGGUUAUCAAAGCUUCAAUGCACGUUAUUUGAGAUCAAAGGGUAUGACUCAAGGAGUCGUGGAUUAUCUGAUGUGGCAUCAUUUUGGACGAAAUCCCGAAGAGCGAAAUCAUGAUUUGGCUCAGGUAUAUUUCCCUCGUUCAAUCUUUUACUUUGCCGUAUAU